AUGGCGAGGAAUCCGACACAAACCCCCGACGUUCAGUCCCCGAAGGAGAGAGAUGACGGUGCUAUUGAUCAACUGUGCGGCCAACUUCAACAGCUUCGUUAUAGUCAUUUACUACCUACCGAGCUUUUAUUAAAUAUCGUCGAGUGUUUCCGACUCCCAAUCCAAGACGUAACCUCCACACUACCCGCACCCGAGUUCCUAGUAAACCGCAAAGUCCUCUAUAAUCUAUGUCUUACCUCCAGUCUCUUCAACGACCUUGCAACGCCGCUCCUUUAUCAGACGGUCAUUUUUUUCAUCGACUCUCGGGACUAUGAUGAUUAUCUCCGCGCCCUCGCCUAUGGCGGCCCAAGGAGUUUAAUAAUGUUAGUGCGGACUCUGCUUUCGAAGGAGGAUUACUGUAAACAUAUCGAAAAUAUAAUUUGCCCCGGGAGUUUGAAGCCCCACGACUGGGGAAUCCCAGAUAACAUAGAACGCGAAGUAACCAGACUACUCCUACGCUGGUACGACAGUAGUCGUUACCAGACACUAGAUUACUUACUACGCCAAGCGACGAUGCAAAGCAGGUAUAGCAUUAUUCCUCAGCUACUGACGCUGUAUAUUCAACAGCUCGCCUUUUCUAGAUCCUUCUCUGGGUCCAGCAUGGAAAUAGCAACAGAGCUUCUUGAAAUCGGAGGGGUCCAUCGACUCCAUGUCUGGUAUCAAUACGGAUAUCUUACCUUCCCAGCAGGUCGUGACAAUUCGUGGAUUGGAAGAAUAAGGGAGCUGAAGCUAGUAACCUGCGUCGAUGCCGAAACAAUAUUCCGUAUCUUCAACUCUGCUGCUAAACUGGAGAGUUUCUCGUUGAUCGUGGCGAAGUCUCGUGAUUUACACCGUCCUCUACCGUCGACAGGCAGAGAUCUCAACCACGCACUAGUAAAAGUGGCCAGUACUUUAAAGGUGUUAGAGUUAAGGACCUGCCAAAACACUUGGUUUCUAGGCCAGCUUGGGCCGUCUCAGGUUCUUGACUGCUUGCCUCAACUCGAGAAGCUUGAAACACUAACGACUGAAAUACCACUUAUAACUGGGAUCCAAACCAAUACACAUGACACCAGGAUACUUCAAAAACUUCCACCGAAUCUCAUCUCGCUUGACGCGGUCGAGAUGUGGGGGAAUCUAGAAAGUGGCUUCACUCGGAAAGAGGAUUUCAUAAUGGCUUUUUCUACUACGUUCGUCUCCGAGCUUCUCAGAGGGUUGUUGCCUAGUCUAAAGCACGUUCGGUACAUUCCCGCCGUUGUAAAAUGCUGUCUCGGUCCCCGACAGCUUGACGCAAUGAAGAUUUUAUUUGACACGGCCCAUGUGUCAUUCUCUCACGAGGCGGAUAGCUUACCAAGGGGGUUCUUUUACUAUUUACAUGACUAA